AUGGCCGGCCAAGUCGCUGUCAAGCACAAUGUAGUAACUACAUUAAACUACUGGGACGACCCGGGCGACGGAUCAAAGCCCACGCCCAUCUUCAUCGGCAAGGGCAGAAUCAGCAACAAGCGCCCGCACAAGGCGUGGGAUUUCGUCGUCGCCGACGUCCACGGCGACGAGGCGCAGUACACGCUCGACAGCCACGGCUUCCAGUACAUCCAGAGCCCCAGCAGCGAGUCGCAAUUCACCGACGAGCAACAGAUCAGGCGAGGCUACUACGCCGAGUGCGAGACGCUCGUCAAGCAGGCGACGGGCGCGCGCGCCGUCCACAUCUUCAACCACAAGGUGCGCCGGGGCCCGACGCAGUGGCACCAUCUCGGCCUGCACAACCUCGCCAACCGGGGGCCCGUCACCCGCACGCACGUGGACCAGUCCUACGAGGGCGCCGAGCGGCGCCUGCGCUGGGAGCUGUCGCCGGCCGAGGCCGACGACGCCGUGCGGCGGCGGUACCAAAUCAUCAACGUGUGGCGGCCGAUCCAGCCGAUCCUCAAGGACCCCAUUGCCGUCGCCGACUCGCGCUCCGUGCCGGACGACGACCUUGUCGGCGCCGAGAUGACAGAGGACGACUUUGUGGGCGAGUCGUGGGUCGUCAGGCACAACCCGGCCCAUCAGUGGUUCUACAAGCACGGCAUGACGCCACGCGACGUGCUCCUCAUCAAGUGCUUCGACUCGGACGAGACGGUGGCGCGGCGCGCGCUGCACUCGGCCUUUGAGGAUGCCCGGUACCGCGACUGCGAGUCUCGCCAGAGCAUCGAGGUUCGCUGCCUCGUAUUGCACUAG